UUACCCUUUUAAUCUAAUCGUUGAGCCUGUACCACGUGAUGACAACAAAAGUUCCAUGUGUUUCUCUCGUUUCCCACGGCUCUUAUAAUAUGCGACGCAGGAAAGAAUAUGAUAAUGAUAUUGAACCCGUCAAAACAAACGAUUUCAUCCUUUCACUGCAUGCACUGCGCAGCAGCUUUCAUUUAUUCAUCGCUUUGCAUCGCAGAUACGUUGAACUAUUGCGGAUCUGAAGACUUACGACUAUCGACUGAUUCAGUGGAUUUUCCGAUUAUACUGACAAAAGGAUGCCUUUUCUAGGGAAUGAUUGGCGAGCUCCGGGUAACGUUUGGGUGAAAAAUACUGGAGGUUGGGAGCGGAUUGUUGCCCUGCGAGAAAACCUGAAUCGCCACAUCAAAAAGCUCGCACACGAUCGGCUUCUGGUGAAGAACUGGCAGCUGGCCUCGGAGGUGGACCACUCCAUCAAGGAAUGGGAUGCCAGCCAAAAUGGUGAUCUCACAUCCACUCCGUUCUGGAAGAGCACCAAGAGACCCACAUUCCGCAAGCUAUCACAAUAUGUCUUUCUCCCAAAGGGAGCAGGAAGAGAGAGAUCUCAAUACAUCACGGUCGGUGAGAUACUUCUGAAACUCGACUUCUGUUCAGCCCUCCAUCAGCUCAGUAGAUUCCAGUAUGUUUGCAGGUUCUUAGAGUUGGUGAUACAGAACCACUAUUCAUCCCUUAGUGGAUCAGCUCUGAAAUGUCUCUUUGGCAUCGUAGAAGAGGCUGUUAAUGUAGCCAUGGAAACCAAGUACAACGUGAACCAGGUCAGGUCAAUCAUCAAAACCCUUAUCAAAGCCCUCCAGCUGCACACCAAAAGUUACAUCGGGGGCAAGGCGGGCUGGAACUGUCACUACCACAUUGCUCAUGUCUGGCUGAAUCAACUUAACAACAUACAGUAUGAAGAGAGACAAGACGACGGGAAGCCCGCCCUGACCGACCUUCCCGAGGAGUGCCUGACGCAGAUCCUGAAGAAGAUGCAGGACCAUUGUGACAUCACACACACAGGGGAAGCCAACAAGCUCCUGCACGGGUUGUCCAGUGAAUGGAAGCUGUGGAGGGACUUCUGCAGGUUCCACUUCUCAAAGGAACAUUUGGCCCCAGCCAUCCCUAAGAACAAACUAGACUAUGAGAUUGACUGGAAGAAGAUCUACAAGAAACUGAGGACCAAGCAUGGAGUGCAUGAAGUGUUUGCGGAUCAGCUUCAACUCUGCUGCCACUGCUACUGCCUUUUCUGGAUGGGAGGAACGCACCCCUGUUCUAUUGAUGUUCCCCUGGAGAGGGGUCAGAGGGCACCAGAGCACCAGGUGGCACGGAGCCGAGGGAUCUCCCCCAAGCAGCUUUCAGACAUGUUUCCCCUGCCGAGAUAGAGAAUGGACUACUGUAAACGCGGAAAUAUUUGCGGAACCUUAAAUUUCGCAGAUUUCGCGCUACAGUCGGUGUCCGCGAGUUUAGAACCCGCGAAAAUAUAAACAUGACUUCUUAUGCGUGUUCUGACAGGCUGAAUUUGGUGCAACGCGAAUUUAAGAACCAGUGAAUAUGUUUUGGGGUCGCUCAGCGCUAAAAUUGAUCAUUUAAUCAUGCUUUCAGACAUGUUACUCUUGCCAAGAUUGAAAGUGGACUAAUCAACCUUUUUGUGAAUGAUCAUUUUCAUUAAAUGCUUUUGGACUUGUUCCCUUGCCAUGAUACAAAAUAGGUAAUAGGACUUAUUAUUGAAACCUUGAACAGUGGAUGAUCAUUUGGUCAUGCAUGUAAAUGGGAGUGUCGUGGUCUAGUGGAUAUGUCGCCGGACUGUCGAUCACAAGGUCCACAGUUCGAGUCC